CUCCUUUUGGACCCUAUAUAAACAAUAUAAAUCCUACCCAAGAGAAUGCAGCAAUUGCCCCUCUAAACCCAUCCUCACUACUACAUCUAUUAACUCUCUAUUGUAUAUAUAUCAAGAAAUCCUCAUUUUUUGAGGGGGAGUGAAAAUCCAUAUAAUGACGAUGGGUGAUGGUGCUGCCAAAAUAAACAACCACCAUGUCUUCGACGUCUCGAUCGACGUUCUAGGAAAACAACCCUCCAUGUAUUUCGACGAUGAUGGCCGUCUCAAACGAACAGGGACUGUUUGGACUGCGAGUGCACAUAUAAUAACAGCAGUAAUAGGCUCAGGAGUUCUUUCCUUAGCAUGGGCAAUAGCUCAACUUGGUUGGAUUGCUGGUCCAGCAGUUAUGUUCUUGUUCUCUUUCGUCAUUUACUACACUUCCACUCUUCUUGCCGACUGUUACCGUUCCGGUGAUCCGAUUUCCGGCAAGAGGAAUUAUACUUAUAUGGAUGCUGUUCGAUCUAACCUCGGUGGUUAUCAUGUCAAGUUAUGUGGAAUAAUUCAGUACUUGAACCUCUUUGGCGUUGCCAUAGGUUACACCAUUGCAGCAUCUAUCAGUAUGAUGGCGAUAAAACGAUCAAACUGCUUCCAUGACAGUGGAGGGAAGAACCCAUGUCACAUGUCCAGCAACCCAUACAUGAUAGCCUUUGGAAUUGCAGAAAUCAUAUUUUCACAGAUUCCUGACUUUGAUCAAAUAUGGUGGCUUUCAAUUGUAGCAGCUGUUAUGUCUUUUACUUACUCUGCCAUUGGUCUUGCUCUAGGAAUUGUUCAAGUUACAGCUAAUAGAACUUUCAAGGGUAGUUUCACUGGAAUAAGUGUAGGAUCAGUAACUGAAACACAGAAGAUAUGGAGGAGCUUUCAAGCACUUGGUGAUAUCGCGUUUGCUUACUCUUUCUCCAUCAUUCUUAUUGAGAUUCAGGAUACUGUCAGAUCCCCACCAGCAGAGUCCAAAACAAUGAAGAGAGCCUCAUUCAUAAGCAUAGCAGUAACAACAUUAUUCUACAUGCUAUGUGGUUGUAUGGGUUAUGCAGCCUUUGGUGAUCUUGCACCAGGAAAUCUCCUUACAGGUUUCGGCUUCUACAACCCAUUCUGGCUAUUAGACAUAGCCAAUGUAGCCAUUGUAAUCCACUUAGUUGGAGCCUACCAAGUCUAUUGCCAACCCCUCUUUGCCUUCAUCGAAAAAUGGGCAUUCCAAAAAUGGCCUGAUAGUGAGUUCAUCAAUGGAGAUAUCAAGAUCAAAAUCCCGGGUUUAAACCCUUACAAUCUAAACCUAUUUAGGUUAGUUUGGAGAAGUGUUUUUGUGGUUUGUACCACAGUCAUUUCAAUGCUUCUUCCUUUCUUUAAUGACAUUGUUGGACUACUUGGAGCACUCGGGUUUUGGCCUUUAACCGUAUAUUUCCCAAUAGAGAUGUACAUUGCUCAGAAGAAGUUGCCAAAGUGGAGUACAAAGUGGGUUUGUCUUCAAAUGUUGAGCUUAGCUUGUCUUGUGAUCUCAAUUGCUGCUGCUGCUGGAUCAAUUGCUGGUGUUGCUCUUGAUCUUAAAGUGUAUCGUCCUUUCAAAACUAGCUAUUAGAGCACGCGGUAAUUCAAUUCCUUGAAAUCAAUUGAUCGAUCAACAUAGAACAGAUCAGUAGUGUUGAGGAUAACGUAAUUAUCCUGGUUAACAGAAUAUCAUAUGAGAUAAGUUAUUCUCAGCAAGUAGUUAACAAAAAAACGAGUUUCGAUGUCCAUGGAGGAGGAGUCAUGUAGUUCAUGGGUGGUACAGUUGUGUUUUAUUUGAUUAUGUCUUAUUGGUGUUGUAACAAAGUUUGUUAAUGUUCCCAAGAAAUGGAGGAACCCUAGUUUUUUUAUGUGUAUCUAGUGUUGUAACUUGUAAUUGUUCAGAAUUGAGUAUCCACUCUAUUCUUUUGUCAAUCCAUAAGCAUUUAAUUUUAA